AUGACAUUUGCAGCCUGGUUUGAAGAGGGCCUUCGGGCGUGGACUGUGUCCGAGAAGCUUGAGGCUUCUAUGAUAGUUUGGGCCAUAUGGAAGCGUCGAAAUGAGCUAGUUUGGAACUCCAAAAGACCCGAGGUUAGUGAGGUUGUCACAUUAGCUAAGUUGAACUUUAUUGAUUGGUAUAAUGCUCAUAAGGACAUCGUUCCUACUCAUGAUGUUAAUGGUUCGGAUAUUGAAGUUCUAGAGCAUUGGACCGCCCCUCAAUUUCCUGUGAUUAAAGUUAAUGUUGAUGGUGCAAUCUUCGCUAAUGAGAGGCGUUUUGGCAUUGGUUUGGUAGCAAGGACAGCGACUGGGGUUGUCUUACAAGCUAAGAGUUUACUCAAAGAGGGUGUGUUGAAGCCUCACGUGGUGGCAGCAAUUGGCAUAAAAGAGGCUCUGAGUUGGAUUAAAGACAACAGAUGGAACAUGUUGUGGUGGAGUCGGAUUGUUUGA